AUGGCCUCAACAGCCCUACACGUCCGUCCACCGCCUCAUCGUCUCGACGACAACAAACCGCCAUCAUCCCGCUUUCGGAUCGCGUGCGACGCCCGUCUAUCGGGCAACGUCCGUAGCACUUUCACGAAUGACUUUCCAGCACACGACCCGACACUCAGCAGACGAGACCCAAUGAAAGAACCCGAGCCGGCACACAUCAUGCACAGCGACGCAGCGAGCCAACAACGAGGCGAAUCGAUCACGAGAGAGACGUACAACGCACACGCCGUCAAUCGGCCGCAUUUCAAAUCGUCAACAGACGGAUACGCGACCAACUUCAAGAUGCACGCGGACAAAUCAAUUGCCAGGAAAUUUAACUUCCGUACGACUCACGGCGACGAAUUUCGGAGUCGCGAUUUGAACGCUGCGAGACAGUCGAUGAACGAGGCGUUCAGUUCGUUGAAAAGCUGCUUUCCGCAAGGCGACGAAUCGAAGGAGAAGACGACGAGGUCUGAAUACGGGAACUCGUUUAGAGGAGAAGCGGGAAACGUUGCCGUGUCGACACAGAAUCGGUGGAAUGUGCAAAACACAAUAUGCGGAGAUUCGAGAACUCAGAAGGGGCAGUUUGUUACGACAUCAUCUCGUGUACACAAUGCCCAGUUACACCACGGCUUUCACUGCCCAUCUCCCAUCUAUCCUGUGCCUCCAAUGGAUGUGAGUAGCGUUCCACAGGGAGACAAACACAAAGCUGAGUGUCCGGCCAGCAUGCAGAAGACAUCCUACCGGGUGAACGACGUGCCGAGAGAUUUCCAAUGUUACAGUAAGAGCAAAGCGAGAGCUCACAUUGGAGCGACAACGUUUGUGCAAGGAGUAAGCGAUCGAGGGGGAAUGAGGACGACAGCUGGUGUUGACUACCCGGCUAUACAAGGCGGUCGUCAGUCUCCUCAAGCUCCUCCUUAUAGGAAUUAUAGCAGCUUACCCGAGGGAGACAACGAUUCAAAGAGACAGAUAGCUCGACUGUUAGAUACAACAAAUAGAGAAUUCCAUCCUAAACUUGCACCUGGUCAUUACCAUGCAUACCAUGUUAGUGGAGCAAACUUGCGGACACACUCGAAUGUUCACUUGGGAAUGGCACGCGGAAAGCAGUUCUACAACACAAGUAUGAACGGCAGCUACCCGUCGUACAAUAUGGGGCAACGAUUCAUGGCACAACCUCCGACCAAAGUUAAUAUCCCACUGAAGCUUGGAUAUGCCUUCGGACAAACAACCCAUCAAGUCUCAUACUCUCAACACCCACACAACCGACUCCGACACUCAGACCCCGGAGUCUACCACAAAAUCAAACAACCUCACUGGAAAAUGGAAGCAACAAAUCGUGCAACAUUUGACACGGAGCACACGACACAAUUCAUACCAAAACCAUAUGCUCCCAAGCAGCACAUCGACAGUGGAAGUCUCCAUCGAAGCUCUCUGCCUCUCGGAUCGAAAUUAUGUCCCGGAGAAUUCCUCCACUAUUAG